AAAAUUUUGACAUUUGUUUAAGUCUAUAGUCUCUAAACAAAGAUUGAUAAUAAUAAUGUAUUACAAAUUAUUGACUUGUACAAAUUGACGUCGGAAGAAGAAGAAGUCGGGCGGGAAUCUAUGAGUUCUCAGCAAUGCCUGCUUCGCAGCGCUGUGAACCCUUGAAGCAAAUUUUUUGCGAGCAGUGUCAGAAAUGGACAGUUCUUCCCUGUUUUUCGCAUGCCAAACGCGUGCGAGAUGCCCCUGUGUUCCCAUAUUCCGUGGCCAGUCUUCCGCAGAUUUUGUAUUUGGAUGUACCUCAUCAUGGCCAGGCUGACAAAGCCGUUUUCGCUAAAGAAGCUAUCCCGCCUCUGACAGUUUUCGGGCCAUUAAUCAGCGUACUCAGCACAACAAAACCAGCGGAAGUUGCUUUCGCUUGCGGAAAUGCAACGAAGAAAGAACUGCAUUAUUUCCAGCUGGAAUCCGAUGAGACCACCAACUGGAUGAAAUUUGUUAGAUUUGCAGAAUCUCCGGAGGAGCAAAAUUUAGCUGCAUACGAAAUGCAUGAAGCGUCUCCCUUGGUGUCAGGCGCGGAUGCUGUUUCCCCUACGCAGACACACGUGAUAUUCAUUACGAUGAAGGCCAUCCAGCCGGGCGAUGAACUGAAGGUGGCCUACUCGCUGAUUUAUUCGCAGGCUAUCGGUUGUCCGGCUUCCCCGAAGGCUCAACCGACCGGCGGUAACCUAGCGCCAGCUGACCAUGUUGGUGGACAUGAUAAGCCGGAUUCUUCGCCCAUUUUUUUAUUAUACUUGUGGGACCAGCCCUUCAGCACAGUGUAGUGCCGAACACGGGGACGAAUUUAAUUGACCAACCGCCACCGGAUGCGGUGCGGAAGGGUAGGAAACGACGGUUGAGACAGACUGAUAGUGGACCGUGGUCUAUAUCGAUUCCGCACGGUGUGUGCCUCACAGAAAAGGAAAACCAUCCCAGUCAAAGUAUCCACGAUCUCAGAUGCGACAAUGAGAAAGCGCAAAAAGCUAGCCGACGAAUCCAUGGUUAUGCCCAAUUUUUUGCCGCCUGACGAAGCACCCGUUAUGAAUUUGCCUGACGUAGUGGCAGACGUUGUGUAUGGAUCAGCCUCGGUCGAGGUGUAGGACGUUUCGGUUCAUCCGGAAAUGGAUGUAUUUGGAGUGGAUUUCGACUUGGAGGUCAACGAGGGCAUUGAUUUACAGACGUCGGAUCCCGAACUGACGAUUCCGCCGGAUGACAGCUGCGGAGCGAGCCAGGCGACCGAAGCUGUGUUACAAAAUGUUCCCGUUAGUACGCCCGAUGCACUGAUGGAGAAAUUGAACGGUCUGAAAUCCAAGGCCCAUCUCGCGUCGCGCAAAAGCGGAGUGUGUUUAGUGUGCGGCGAACGAGUGGAGAAUCUGCCCGACCAUCUGGACGCGAUGCACACCGAAGAGGACAUUCAAGCUGUGGGUGAUGCGUGUUUCAUCUGUCACAAGAAGUUCAAGAAUCGGGCGUCGAUGAGCUCUCAUUUCAAUAUUGUUCAUCGCGAAGCAGUAGCCGUGCCUGAUGAAGCCCGUCAAGCGGCCGCUCUGGAGUUUAUGCGUCAAACGGGUUUGUUCAGUUAUCGCUGCGGCAAAUGCCGAACUGUGUUUCCGAAUAAGACCCUCCUGGAUGUGCACAGCUUCCUGCAUAAUCCUCUUCCUGACCAUCAGCCCCAGCGGAACUGCUCCGAAUGUCCGUUCGUCGCGACGAGCUUUGCCGAACUGGUCAAGCACACCUCGCAGCACGUAUUGCCGCCGAAAACGCGACAGGCAUGUCUGCUGUGCGGCGUCACCGUCCGUACCGCGCCACGCCGACACAUGAAAAAGCACCACCCGGAAGCCUUGCAAUUGGUUAAUGAAGCAUGGAAGUUCCAGUGUCCCGAGUGUCGCAAGAAAUUCGCAACGAAUUAGAAUCUCAGCUCGCAUGUGUGGAAACUGCACGACGGCUGGCAGUGCGUGUACUGCGGACACCGGGAGCCCGGUGGGUGGUCGGCGUUCCAUAAGCACGUCAGAGCGCAUAAGUUGCACAAAUCGUUCCCGUGCGU